AAAGAGGCCGGUAGUUAUAUUCUUAUAUUGUGGACUUAAAAAAAUGGUGUAAACACCCCAAAAUAUCAUCUACCUUAUCACUCCUCACACACCAUAGAGAGAGGUCUGCGCAGAGCAACCUUAGCAGUUAUGGCGUCUGCUACUUCUCUCUCGAUACUAUCUUCAUCUUCUCCAUUUCAACCCCACAAAUUUAGACUCAACAACCUCCUCAAAUUCAACCCAACAACAACACCAUCUUCUUCAUCUAUCGAACAAGAUGUCGGAUCCCCAGAUCGAUUCCUACAAAACAAUUCAAUCGCAGAUUACAUGCGGUUUAAGAAAGGAGAUUCCGGUGAGUUACAAACCGCCGUUGUUAGUUACAAGAAAAGGUUCCCCUGGUCUCUUCUCCACCCCCUUUUUCAGGUUGAUUUGGUUUCUACUAUUCACAUUGCAGAUAAAGAGUACUUUGCAACCUUACAGAAAGAGCUCGAGGCAUAUGAUUGUGUGCUUUACGAAAUGGUGACUAGCAGGGAAAGUUUAGAAAACCGAAAAAAACCAUCUGCAGUAAGGAAAAACACAAACUCACAGACAAGGGGUUUUAAUAUCAUAGGAUUUAUCCAACGCCAGAUGGCUAGACUGCUUAUGCUUGAUUUUCAAUUAGACUGUCUUGAUUAUGACCCUGAAAACUGGUACCAUGCUGAUCUCGACUUCGAAACGUUCAAGUUACUUCAGAUGGAAAAGGGUGAGAGUUUUUUUACGUUUGCAAGAGAUAUGACUUUUAGAUCAACAAAAGCUUUGGUGCAAGCCACUUCAAUCCCUGAAGAACUUGGCCCGUGGAGAUCUAAACUGUUGUGGGCCUCGCGUGUGUUGCCGAUGCCGCUCGUUGGUCUUUUUUUCAUCAGCAGUCUUUGUGCUGAUGUGGGUACUGAGCCAGCUGAUUAUCCUGAACUAGAGGCGUUGUCGAGGCUUGAUUUUGGGGCUGCAAUGAAGGUCUUUUUGGCAAAAAGAUUAACAGCCGAUUUCACACAGGUAACAGCAGAUGUAGAGGAGAAAUCAGUGAUCAUAGGUGAGCGAAACAGGGCUGCAACAGAAGCACUCAAAAACGCAAUCGACAACGGCCAUAACAAGAUUGCCAUACUAUACGGUGGCGGGCACAUGCCGGACUUGGGAAGGAGGUUAAAAGACGAAUUCGACCUUGUUCCUUCUCGGGUUCAAUGGGUAACAGCUUGGUCAAUCAAGAACCGAAAUCUAACAAGCAAGUCUCUACCGUUCUUGAAGAAACUGGCAGAAGUCUCAGGCUGGCCGUUAAACCGGUAUCAAACACUGGCAUUGCUCAUAUUUUCAUCUGUUCUUGCGUUGGAUCUGUGGUUCUGGGAACUCUUUUUCGGGAGCACAGUUAACUUUAUUACACAAGCUGCAUCUGGUGCUCUUCAUAUUGUUGAUUAUUCUAAUUUAAGCUGAUUGAACACCAUGAUGUAAAAGUUAAAACACAGUUACUGCAUAAUGUGAAUAGUUAAAAGAUUUAUAAUUUUAGAGGAUAGAAAUCAUGUUCAUAUUUGCACUUAGUAAUAUUAGUAAGUUAUAAGGGUUAUUGUUA